GAAGCUCGUUCAAUCAGUUAGGUUUUUUAUCAAAAUAUGAUAUGGUUUUGAAGUUUUCCCAGUAAAGCAUUAUACUAACCUUAAAAAUAUCGCUAUUUUAAAAUUAUUUUAAUUUAAAAUAUAAAAUGUCCAAACAAUACGGUUUAAUCACUUCAGGGAAAAAUUCAGAUUCAAAACCCAAAGUGUUUGGAUCUGAUAGUGAUUCAGGCGAUGAUGCAGAAAAAAAUGUGCCUACUGCAGCCCAACAAAACGUAAUACGCCGACAAGACUUAAUUGCUCAACAAAAAGCUUUAGAAGAAGAUCCUACCGUGUAUCAAUAUGAUGAAGUGUACGAUGAAAUGGACGAGAAAAAAAAGCAAUCAAAACUGGCUCGUAAAGAUGUUGAGAAAAAACCAAAGUAUAUAAAUCGGUUAUUACAGUCAGCAGCACGAAGAAAACGGGAGAAUGAGCUCCGUAUUGAAAGGCAAGUACAAAAAGAUAGGCUUGCUGAAGGUGAUACGUAUAAAGAUAAAGAAGAGUUUGUAACGUCUGCUUACCGAAAAAAGUUAGAAGAAUUGAGAGAAUUAGAAGAACAAGAAAAAAGAGAAGAAUAUUUGGAAAAAAUUGGUGAUGUUACAAAACAAGAAGAUUUAGGAGGAUUCUAUAGACAUUUAUACGAACAGAAAAUGAAAAAAGACAGUGAUGAUGAUGAUAAUACAAGUGACAAAGAUAAGAAAAAGAAAGCGUCUUCCGAUAAGUCAGAAAGCGAGGAAGAAAAAACAAAUGAUAAAAAAAGAUCAGAUAGUAAAUCAAAUAAGGAGAGCAAAAAAGAGACCACAAAAGAUAGAAAAUAUAGAAAACGCGAUGAAUCUGAAUCGGAAAAUUCAGAGUCUGAGAAUCAUUCAAAACAGAAACGUCAUUUACAAUCGAAUUUAGAUGCUGAUUCUGAUUUCAGUAUUGAAUCCACUGAUAGUGAGAAAGAAGAUAAGAAAUCACAUCAGAAAGAAAAAAUAAAGAAAGAAUCGAAUAGUGAUAAAGAAGAAAAACCAAUUAAAAAAUCCAAAAACGACCCACCUUUAGAAUUUGAACCGGAAAGUAAAAAGAAAUCAUCUAACGAUGAUGUUAAACCACCGGUUAUCAAAAAACAAAAAGUUGACAUUUGGAAAAAACGAACUGUUGGAGAUGUAUUUGACGAUGCUCUUCAACGGUACUAUGAACGUAAAAAUGCAAGACUCAACGGAUAGUUUAGAAUUUAUAACUUAAUUUUAAUUUGUAAUCAAAAUUAUGUUCAAUAAAUAGUUGUUAAGCCAUCGAAAACAUAUUUUUUGUACAUUUUUUGUAGCGGUUU